AUGUCAAAGUUCUUCGACGAGUUGGAGGAUGCUCCGCAGAAGAAAGUAUCGUCGGCAAUUGCAGCCCGCCUGGACUUCGACAACGAAAGCGAGGAAGAUAAGCCCGCUGUUUCAAAUAAAGAAAAGAAGGACGAAGAAAUAGCAAAAAUAUGCAACGAAACGACGUUUAAAAAGGCAAAGGACGUUGAGCAGUUCUUCAAAAAACUCACAAAGUACUCAGCACACUUCACGAAGAAAGGCCUUCCGCAGAUUCUUCUUGAUUUUAUUGCUGAGGUAGAAGAAAAGAAAGACACGCCCGCCAUCUUUAAACAAAAGAAAAGCAAGUUUUUGGAGAAGUACCAGGAGACAGAAGUAGUGCUUAACUUGGUCGAAGAGAAAAAAGAGAAGAGGAAGUAUCUGGAAGAAAUAACUAAAACAUACUUGAUUGAAAAUCUGGAGAAAAGAAGAGAAACGCUGCUAGAAAUAGAAAAGAUAGAGGAUCUCUCAGAAACAGAAAAACACAGAAUCAAUUUGUAUCUGAUCAGCUGCAUGCUUGAGGAGAACGUGCAGGGAUACUACUCUGACAUAAUCAGCAGAAUGAAAAGAGAAAGCUCUCUUAUACACACAAAAGAGGAAGAAGACCUCCUAAAAACCAGAAUAGGAAAGUACGUUAGAAAGCUUUUAAAACACAUGCAGAUACUCGAUAGGAAUAAGACAGCCUGGGAUGCCGAGUAUUUGGAUCUGGUGGAGAUAGCUGAAUCGCUCAAGGACAUUACAACUGUGCCAGAGGAGGGGGUUUUGGAGAUCGAUCUUUUUUUAAGAGAAAAUGCUGAUGUAAAGAGUGAGCUGCAAAAAAAAGAAGAAGAGCCGGACAAAAACUCUGCACUGCAUAAACAUGAGCACUUUUCCAUGGUUAAAAAGCUGCGAAGUCUUCCCUUCACUGAGGCACUUGCGCUGUACAGGGCAAUGGAAACUGAAAAACAAGACCAGGAAGAAGAAGGACACUCAGUGAAUGUGUGUUUCUUCAGGGCAACUGAAGAGCUGGGGCACAGGGCAUUUGCAGAGAGAGACUUCAACACGGCAAUGGAUCUUCUUGAGUUGGCGUACUCUAACAAGACAAUAUGGAGCAGCGCAGAAACUGAAGUGAUUCUCGAGAUAUUUUGUCUGUGCUUUGAAAAGAAAAUGAAAGAAAGAAAGUUCUUCGAGGUCUUCAAAAAGAACCUUCUCCCCAUAGGAGACAACCUCCUUCUUCUCAAAUCACAAGAUCCAAAAAUGGAAAUAGCCCGUGCGUUUAUUUUACUGCGGCUUGGUGAUUACAAAGAAGCCCAGACCAUCAUCACCUCCAUUGUCCCUGGGUUUGACUGCGAGACUCUUCUUCGCGCUAGAGCGAUAGAGAUACUGCUUACCCCAGUAUAA